CAACACCUUAUCUCGCAAAUGCAUUGAGAUCCUCUCUUUGCUGCCUUGUUCACCAGUCCUCCUCGUCGCUCUUCCAUUCCAUCUUUCCGCAACGCCCUAUCUCCUCAGCCUCCAGACUCAUCAAGAUGUUCGGCACCGCUCUCCGCACCUUCACAGCCCGCUCGACACUGCGUGCGCCGCCACCCUCAGGCAGCAUCCUCACAUCAGUGUCCAUCUCGAACGUAAAGCCGUCUCCGACGAUUGCGCGGCCGAAGCGUGUAGCGAUGAUGCCGCUAUCUUCGGCCUUCAUCCAGGAGCAUCACAGCGGCGGAGAGCGCAGCAUGGCCUCCGAUGAGCCCCAGCUUCCAAGUAGCUCGGCCGACGCAAGCCCGCUGCCCGAAGGACUCACGGCCGGCAGCCUGAGCGCGACGGGCAAGGUCAGCAAGUUCUACGAUUGAGCUCUUUCGUUUGUCGUGUUUGUGAUCCACCUCUCCCCUCACGACUUUCGCAUCACGCAAAUUCCGCCUUGACGAUUCGAGCACAGCGCUUACGGUAUACAUCGACUCUUUUUUGUUUCU